GACGAUUGUAGUUUUUAUGUAGGAAAUUUUUGUUUGAUUCAACUUAUGUAUUUGUUUGAUUCGAUUGCUUAUGUAGAUGUCGUAUGACAUUUUAUUAAUGAAUUGAUUUUACUAUUCAAAAAAAAAAAAAGAAAAAAAAUACAUUUAAAAUUCGAAAAUGUAACAACCCGGGGCAACGCUCCCCAAAUACUAGUUAGCACUUUAUUACUACGCAAGCAACUUCCAUUUCUAUCUUUUUGUUUUUUAUCUCUAAAAAAAAAAAAAAAGCGGCAGAAGUUACAACUACCUGCUCAUCUCCUCUAUGGAAGGCGACUAAAUUUCGCACACUUUCACACACACUCUUUCUCUCUCUCUCUCUCUCUCACUUCAACUUCUCGUAAUUCGAGAAAGUUUUUUCUGUUGCCAUAAUUUGUUGAUGAGAAUGAAGAAAUCUUUUCGAGAAUCUAUUAAAGCUCUUGAAGCUGAUAUUCAGCACGCUAAUACUCUUGCUUCAGGGUACAGAAGGCAGCGUGAUGGUGCUUGCUUCCAAAUGAGACUAUCCUACAGUCCAGCAGCUCACUUAUUUCUUUUCCUUGUUCAGUGGACUGAUUGUUACCUUGCUGGUGCACUUGGGUUCCUUAGAAUUCUUAUUUUCAUGACUUAUGCAGAUGGGGAGACUACUAUGUCUGUCUAUGAAAAGAAAGCAAGCAUUCGACAGUUUUAUGGUGUGAUUUUCCCUUCUCUUCUGCAACUGCAAACAGGAAUUACAGAAUUGGAAGAUCGGAAACAAAAAGAAGUAUGUGCCCUGAGGUAUAGAAGAAAAGACGUUUUUGAGAAUAAGUAUGAUUUAAUAGAACUGGAGAAAGAGAUAGAAGAGGAGUGUGGCAUUUGCAUGGAGAUAAAUGACAAGGUUGUACUGCCUAAUUGCAACCACUCACUGUGCUUUAAGUGUUACAAGGACUGGUCUUCCCGGUCUGAGUCGUGUCCAUUCUGUCGAGAUUGUCUAAAAGGAGUCAAGCCAGGUGAUCUUUGGAUUUACACUGAUGAACGUGAUAUUGUCGAUUUAUCACUUAUCAUGAUGGAAAAUGUAAAUCGGCUAUUUAUUUACUUAGAAAAGUUGCCACUUGUAGAUCCGUAUCCUGGGUCCAUGUCCUAUGAUUGGCAAAUUGGAUGAACAUGCAUGUUGGCAGUUUUCAAUGUACAGAAGGUAAUUAGGCACACCGAUCUGAUGUAACCUUCAAGAAUUGUCUGGUUCUAGUAUCAAUUUCCUGUCAUUGGAGUGCUACAUGUAAAUUUCUAGUUAUUGGAAACUGUAAGUGCUUCUUUAAUCUUGCAGAAAAUCAACAGCGUCAUUAGGACAUGCUCCUGUAUAGACUAAACUGAGCAAGUUGCUAUCCAGAUCAUACCCAAUUUCUACAUUCCUUUGCUGGUGAAAUCCUAGUAUUGACACCUUACCUUCGUGUUCCUUGAGCCUGAUCAUAGCUAGGCAAUACACACCUGAGUGUCUUAUCCAUAGGUUUGCAUCACAUAACAUGUAGUCUAGACCAUUGAAGUGGAACACCACCUCUGGAGCAUCACUGAUAUCCCUGUAGCAUAACUCAAAAUGCUCAGUGCUCUCAGGGGCCUGCUCAUACAUGACAUCCAUUAUUGCAGUCACCAACAUGUCGAAUGCUUCUGCUCUAAGCAUUGUAUAUGAGGCUCCUGAGUCAAUGAUGAACCCAAUAUCCGUCCCGUUCUCAUCUUUAGACUUCUCGAAUACCCCAGCUGGAAGGUCGAUGUCGGACCCAUCGACACUGAUCCUUGUGAGGUUUAGGUAGUAUACACCAUAAUCGUUGGGCAAAAGGGGUGUUGUCAAAUCAAGGUCUGACGUGAAUGCUCCCGGCCCAAAGUGUGCUACCCCCCGCAUGUGGGUCCCGUUGGCGAACACAUAGUGGGAGAAGCGAGAGACGGUUAAUUGCCGAAUGAGGGAGGCACUGUGGUUGCCUACCCCCACAAUUCCAGGACUCCGGCUUUGGUCGUGGUUAUCAUGGCCACAACCAAAAACUACAUCGGUCAUGGUCCUUGAGGUAUUCUCGGCUGAUAGAGUUAGGGUUUCUGUGGAGACUACUCCUCUUGAUGUUUUAUCCGUGUAGGAAGCGUGAUAUACACAGAAGGGAAAGUCUGGGUCUUCAUUAGUAGCGCUCCCACACGAAAAUCCUGGUGCCAUGGAACAGUGCUCACGAUUCACACAUUGGACUUGUCGGUAAGAAGACGAGUUUUGCGGGUUGAAAAUAGGGUAAUUCCCCUGCUUGUAGCAAUGAACGCAUGGACGACACUGGACCCAUGUAAAGCUGCUUCCAGUGUCAAAGAUACCAUAACUACUAACUGGUGGUGUUCCCAUGCUGUACCUCAUGAGCAAGUUCCACCCAGAAAGUGGUGCCGCGACAUAGUCUUUUGCUAAUGCUGUGAGUUGGCUAAAGUAGCGGCUUCUUGCUACAGAGGUCCGCACACCGUCUCGUAUGUGGUUCUCCCGCGUGUAAUUUGGGUUAUAGAAGGGAGAUUCUGGGGAGCUGCGAUGGAUGAGGGAUGCUGAGAAGAUUAUCUCACCAGUAUGUUUUCCUGGUGGAUUUAAGUGAGGUUCUGUAGGAGAUAGUGAAGAAGUGAAACCUCGAUCGAGAGAGUUGAUUAAGUUUAUAAUCAAAAAGAUAAAGGAGAACAUGAUGAAUUUUGGUGGACAAUUUAAAGCAUUGCGAAACAAAUCCAUGCAAGCAUUUAAAUUUAUGAUGCUAUUGGAAUAGAGCAACCAGCUCUUUUUGUAAUUUAAAGGUCCACACUCUUGUACAUACAACAAAAUAAAAAAAUAUACUUGAUAUCUAGUUAGUUA